CCUCCCACCCGGCCUUAAUCAUGUGAUAGACUCUAAAUUCACUCAGGACACUUUAAACGCUUGGACAAGAAGUUGUUUCGUAACUCUCCGGAUAGUUUUUCGGCGUCUGCCUAAAUGCAAGUGUGUCAUUUGGAUGUGUUUCAUGCUAGCGUGAUUCGGGUUCUUGCUGUCGUCUGUGGUCCUUCAUAACGGCGCACUUUUAACUUGAGGAAUAUUUACUGACAUAAUUCCAGUGGCAGCAGCCAUGCUCAUGUGUGACUCGAUAAAUACAGACAUGUCAUUAUACCAGUCUUACCCCAUCGCGAUUAAACCACCAUCUGAAGCCUUUGGAGUCAUAUCUCCCGUGGUCACUACUUCCGCAGCCCAGCUGUACCAUCCUCACUUCCAUUACUCCAGCUAUCCAGCACACUAUCCCUACGGGAGCCCGCCUCACACGCACCCGCAGUCCCAGGACGUCCAUCACUCCCAGAACGAACCUGUCGACUUAACCGUCAGCAAAAGAUCCUCCGUUUCGUCGCCUUCAUCAUCUCUGGCAUCAUCAUCACCAAGAGACACCCCUCCAUCCCAAUAUGAGCGCGCCAGUCCAGUCUCACGUCCUCACCUUGGCUCCGGCUCUGUAACAGGAAGCCCUUCCCGGUCAUCUCAGUCAAGGCAGCUGACCCCACCAUUGGCCCUUUCCAUUCCUGCGAGGCCAACAGACAUUUCUUGUGUCAUGUCUUAUCCUGGGUUUUCUGGUAUACAGGUGACGCAGGUUUUAACACCAUUUGUAUCGAGCCCUGGCAUCAUUCCAGUAAUUUCUAUGCUGCAGCAGUUACCUGUACUCUACCCCCCCUCCUUACACCUGCCUUCCUCCAUCAUGAUUUCACCCGUCACACCUGAAGAUCCUGCUCACCACAAACAAUUUCCCACAAUGAAGUCAGAGAAUCCCCCAGACAAACACGAGCUCCUCAAGCCAAUCAAAUCUGAACCCCACCCUGAACACGCUCAGGAUCCCCGCAGCCAGGAAAUAACCUCAUCCGUCAUUACUGUCCCACAGAGUUAUGAGACAAAAACACACUCUGUGAUUGUACGUCGAAAGGUAGAAUCUCCAGAUCCAUUGAAGAAGCGUCGAAUUCAUCGCUGUGACUUCAAUGGCUGCAAUAAAGUCUAUACCAAAAGCUCCCACCUGAAAGCUCAUAGACGCACACAUACAGGAGAGAAGCCCUACAAGUGCAUGUGGGAAGGCUGUACGUGGAAGUUUGCCCGCUCUGAUGAGCUGACCCGUCACUUUCGGAAACACACGGGAGUAAAGCCGUUCCAGUGCCCUGACUGUGAUCGCACCUUCUCUCGCUCCGAUCACCUCGCCCUGCACAAGAAGCGCCAUCUGCUGGUGUGAGCUCAAUACCGCAAUACGUGAACAGAGCAGAAAUCGCACCUUCUAUUAUAAGCCGUUGCUCAACAGGAGCUUCAUCUUCAGUGAUGUUAAGGGCCGUUUUGUGUAUCCUGUCCCCUUCCUGUCCAGGAUACGAUGCGUAUAGGCAGAAAGAGUGGAACUGAUGGAUUAUACGAUGGCUAGCUCUUACUUCAUGAAAAGAAUUGUUGUCCAAGUGGAUUUUGUCACCGUUACUAUGGAUCUGGACCAAUUCUGAUAUGACCAUUAUAUAGACAAAAUUGAAUGCCAUUCAAAUUCAAAGCGAUAGGCACCUUUAAGUCUUUUUCUUGAUACCAAGCUCUCUCUCUCUCCCUUAUCUCUCUAUAAACGUCUCUCUAUCGUUAUGUUUUGCCCUCUGCAGGUCAGAGGGCCCAUUGUGCCAAUUAUAGCACUACACAAACAAGCAAAUGCACAUGCAGUAUGUCAGUAGCCGGUCACACACACAACUCAGACAGUUUCACACCAUCUCUCUUUUAAUGUUGAUUUAGGUUGCAACUCGGGUCAAACCUGCACAAUGUGAAUUUUUCUUUUUUUUUUUUUUAUAUUAUUAGGAUAAAUGAAUAUGUAUACGCAGAUUCUGUAUAUGUAUUCAGCAUGUGUGUUUCAUGUUUAAGUGCAAGGACCAAAGCUGACUGACCAUUUGAUUUGGUCUGUCAGUCAUAUACUUUGACUCUUAAGGGUCAAGUUUUGACAAAAAAAUUGUUUUUGGUUCCAAAAGUAGCUUCUGAGCACCUGACCUAUUACUAACCUAGUAAAACAUUGACAUGUUUUAUUAAUUGUAAUCAUGAAUUAAUAUUACCGUAAGUACUAUGUACUGUGUAAGUUCUUGCAACUAUGCACAUGCACAAUUUAUGAUUUAGAAAUGAAAUUUAAGUAUUGAUUUUACCCCACAAACAUUUAAAAAAUCCAGGUAAUUAUGUUUGAGAGGUCAUAUGCUAUAUAAAUAUAUAAAUGCUAAUAGGCUGGUCUUCAAAGUGAACGCUUGAUCAUCCAACACAUACAUGUCAGUUGCAAGGACUUAUAGAAUGCUUCAGUUUGUUUAAUCUCACCAUUAUUCAUAUUUGAAUAAUUUUCGUAAUCAUGAAUAUUCAUAUAAUCCUAAAUAUUUUGUUGUGUCUUGUUGUGUUUUAUCAAAUCCAAUGUCUGAGGCUCAAAAGGGUAAAAUCUUUAUUUCACUGAGGGGUGUUGAGGUGGAGAAAUGUGAUAAAUGUGAACCAUUUAAUAAGGGGCAUUAUUUUUUUCGCAGUUAGAGUGAGUUCAUCUAGGUUAUGGGUAACAACAAUCUCACUGCUAACACUUUGUUUGUGAGAGAUAUGUUUAACAUGUGAGGCUAUCGUGGAUAUAUGCAGGGAUGAGUGUAGCCUACUCUUGUUUUUCUGUUUGUAGGUUUUGCAUAUCAUUUUUAUGUGAACAAAUGUUUGUAAAGGGCAAUGUGUAAACGGAAACAGUGCACUUUAAAAAUAGAUUUGAAAUGGCAAAUAUCUAUAAAUGGGGGCCAUGAAUAGCUUGAAGCUUUGGGCUACAUCUCAGUAUGUUUCUCUUUCUUAUAGUAGUUUAACAGUUUGUAAUAGGCCAGUUUUCUGUUUUUCUCUUCUCAACUGAAGGACAAUUUUGAAGAACAUUUCGAAGGAGGAAAAGAACAAGGGGGUGCUUACAUAAGAAAGGAAAAAGUCCUUUAUGAAACGAUUGAGAAUUAAAGAGAAAAGGAUGAAACAUUUGUUUCUUGGUCUAAUGUAUAAACCACAGCAAAGCUGUACUACACUUCACAGAAAUGAUCUAAUAGGAUAGGAUAAUGGAAAUAUUAAUAUAUAUAUAGCCUAUAUUUUUAAAGGAAUAAUAUGACUGAAUAGGCAAUUUAUAGAAAGCAUGAUUAUGAUAUAUUUUUAAUCCAAAACAAAUAUACAGUUUUAUAAAGAUGUGAAUCUUCUGUCUUUUUUAAUUUACUUAUAUUUUUCACAGUUCAAGGGGAAUAUUAUGCUGUGUCAUUAUAUCAAACUGUGAAUUUAAAUACAAAUUGUUCAAACACUUUUUUGUAUUAUAUAGAUUUAAAUAUGUAUCAUUCAAUAAACUUUUUAUGGUCAA